CAAUGCCCUCCCCUUUAUUCACGUUCCAGUUUCAUACAAUGCCUUAUAAUCGCUUUCACCUUUUCAAUUCCUUUUCUCUUGCUUGAAACGAAUCCCAUCUCCAAAUCAUCUUCUACAACACCUGAAACCCACCAACUUCAACCCAUUUCCCACUUCAUCCCCUUUUCGCUUCUGCUUCCUUCAGAUCUGUGGCGUUUCCUUCACCAAGUCGAACAAUCUAUCGAAACCCACUUUCUGUUGUUUUUCACAGGUGGGUUUUAUGUUAUUCUUCGUAUAAAAGGCUAAAACCCUAGUUAAGUUAUGCCACUUCAUGUUCAUUAUGUGAUUGGAAGUCUCAAUUGAAGUGGGUGUUCGAUUAUCCAUCGUUUUUUGACUUGAAAUCGAAGACCCAGAUGCGAUAAGUUUAGGGAUUUGAAAUACAUAGAGAUUCGGGGAAGUUAUUGAAGAUGAUACAGUUACUGUUCUUUGUUGUAUUUGCUGAGGCCUUUGUGGCUUUUCUUUUAAUGGUGAAAAUUGGGCCACUUAGAGAGCUGGUGAUGAAUGGUUUAGAUCAGGUGAAGAUGAGAAAGGGUACGGUUCUAACGAUCGCUGGAACAAUGUCUGUGAUUUUGUUUUCGAAUUGGGUUAGUAUUGUUAAAAUUCAGAAUAAGGGUGCGAAGGUUGGGACGAUGACACCCAUGGAUCAGGUUCUUUGGAGGACUCAUCUGCUAGAGGCUUCACUUAUGGGAUUCUCUCUAUAUCUUGGGUUUUUGAUCGAUCGAAUGCAUCAUCAUCUUCAAAAACUAAUCAAUUUGAGAAGAAACGGAGGUUCAUCGAAACAAGAAGUGGAAAAGCUGGAGGCCGAGAAGUUGCAGCUAAAAGAAAACGAAGAGAAAGCAAAGGAAGAAAUCAAGCGGCUGCAGAAAGAGAUGUCAAGUUUAUCGGAAAGCUUAAAGAAACUUAAGCUGGAAUCGAAAGAAAAAGAUAAAAAGAUCGAGACCGCAGAAGCUCACGUCACUUCUCUUCAGAAACAGUCUGCCGAUUUGCUUCUUGAAUAUGAUCGUCUUCUUGAAGACAAUCAAACCCUUCAAUCGCAAACAAAAAAUCGACAUUUUUGAGAGGUGAUUUGUUAUGAAACCUUGUUUUCCCAGAAUGUUUUGUUCUUAAUGUGGUAUGGGGUGGUGAAAUGAGGGGAGUUUGUUUAACCAUUUGUUGUUGUUGGAUUUGAGUUUAGAUCUGGAUUUCCUAAUUUUAAUAUCAUUUUUUUGGAAAUUAUGAUCCUCUUGUAUACAGGAUUGAUCUUGAUUUGGUACAGAUUUGAGGUUUUGG